CCCUUGCUGUGCCCCCCGGCCCUUCUCUCUCCUCUCCCUCAGUCCCUGUCUUGUCCUAUCCUAGUAAAAGAAAGGACAGUUUGAUUGCACAGGUAGCCCACCGCUCAAAUCAUCCGCUUCCCCUCGCCCUUCCUCUCUCACACCCAAAACAAACAAGCCUGCUGGAUCGACCGAGUUCAGCCGAGCUAGCUAACCCUCGCAAGCUAGCAGCUUCUCUCAACCCUCGACUUCCUUCUACCUAUACAACCCUAAAUCAGUUUGCUUCCUUCGGUUCUUGCGAAUUGCCAGGAACGAAAGAGCUUUGCCGCUCUCGUGUUACAGAAGACUCGGAAAGAGAGAUCGAGAGGAAGGAGUACCAGAUAGACGUACCAGCAGGCAGCAGCUAGCUAGAGGGGCGAGCGAGCCAUGUGCGACUACUUCCUACAAAGGAUGGAGGACGACCGCCACCACCACCAUCAGGCCGGAGGAGACCUCACGGACGUCGUCCGAGCCGGCGGCGCGAUGCAUCCGGCAGCUGUCGCGGAGCUCUCCUCCACGGCCACCACGGGGUGGCAGCUCCCGGCCGAGCCAGCUGGACCACCCGGCCUCUUCCCGCCAGCCCGGUCAUCGUCGUCGUCGGACGGCGGCGCCUUCGCCGGCCUCUCGGGCCCAUUCGCCAGCGACUUCCGCGCGGACUCCGCCGGCGUUGACCCCAGCCCUGCCGACUUCUUUGACUUCGAGGCGCCCGCUGUCGGUGGCGGCCGGGGCGGAAUGGUGGAGGGCGGCGGGCCGCCGCAGAUGCCCGCGCUGUCGCCGAGAGAGGUACGGCCGUACUCGGUGAUGAUGGGCGGCGACACCGUCAAGAUCGGCGUGCCGGCGAUGAUGCCCGGGGGGCUGCCCGUUGGCCCGCCGUGCGCGUUCGACGCCAUCGCCGGGAUGCAGAUGCCGUCGCCGCACUGCGGCGGGAUCAAGCGCAGGAAAAACCAGGCAAGGAAGGUGGUCUGCAUCCCAGCACCUGCAGCAUCAGCAGGAGGAAGGACCACUGGGGAGGUUGUUCCUUCUGAUCUCUGGGCUUGGAGGAAGUAUGGACAGAAGCCUAUCAAAGGAUCACCGUAUCCAAGAGGGUACUACAGAUGCAGCAGCUCUAAAGGAUGCCCGGCGCGGAAGCAGGUGGAGCGCAGCCGGACAGACCCAAGCCUGCUCGUCAUCACCUACAACUCGGAGCACAACCACCCUUGGCCGACGCAGCGCAACGCGCUCGCCGGCUCAACACGUUCCCACCACGCCAAGAGCAGCAAGAACAAGUACUCCUCGCACAGCCUGCCGCAGACGCCAAACCUCAAAGCGGAACCUGAGCAUCACCAGGCCUCGGGGGCAGUCCCCAGCGCCACCGCCGCAACCGCAGCAACAGCCACAAGCACCACAACGACCACGAGCACCACCAGCAACAGCACCCCUCCUCCUCCUCCGACGAUGGCUGUGAAAGAGGAGGCAAUAAUGGUGGGGUCGGAAAUGGAGAAAGUGAUAGACCACCAUGACGCUUCUGGCUGGCUGGAUCACGGUGAUCUCAUGCAGCAGAUGUUCAGCCAGAGCUACUACAGGCCGAUGAUACCGGAGGCGGCCGGCGGUGGCCUCCAUGCCGAUGACUUCUUCGCUGACCUCGCCGAGCUGGAGUCGGAUCCCAUGAGCCUCAUCUUCCCUGCAGGUGGUGAACCUGGAAAGGAGAACAAGAGCUUGGAUGCCGAUCCAUUAUUCAACAUGCUAGACUGGGGUGCCACUAAUGUUGCAGCUACUUCUUCAUUUGAGCAAGACGAGAGUGGCUGGUGACAUUGUUUUUGUUUAGCUUGCAUCGGCAAAAGCAAUCAUGCAUACAUGCACACGCACAACACAACACAACACGUUCGUUCUCUAGGACAAUAACCAUUGCAUUCAUUAAGAUGGAAAGAGUUAAAAAAAGAUAAGAUGUGAGGGCUACUUUUGUUUCUGUGUCCCACUCUUUGUUUUUUGUAGUUUCUUCUUUAGUUUUAUUUAUUUGUUUAUUCUAAUUGAUGUGUUAGAAUAAAUACGAGCAAAAAAUCGCUCUAGAAAUCUCUUUUCUUCUUCUUCGUUUCUGUGGCACGAGGGAUAUUUUUGUUUCUAUGCCAUGCUCUUUGUAGUAGCUAAUUUCUUCGUUUUGUUUACACUCUAAUUGAUGUGUUAAAUAAUUGUCAUUUUGAUCG